UCCUCUUCAUAUUCUUGAAUUCUCUUUCUCAUCAACCUCUAUUUAAAACCCUAAAACCUCGUUCUUUUUUUUUUCUAUGUAAAAAGAAAAAAGUGAAGCAGCCAUGUAUGAUACUUAGUAGUGAAUGUUUAUAGCACAGAAAAAAAGUAAAAAAUCAGCAUGGAUUCAUAUGAAGCAACAAAAACAGUUUUAUCAAGAAUUCAAAGUUUGGAUCCAGAAAAUGCUUCAAAAAUCAUGGGUUAUUUACUUAUACAAGAUCAAGGUGAUAAAGAGAUGAUAAGACUAGCAUUUGGUCCAGAAAAUCUUUUAAUUUCUAUUAUAAAUCAAGCAAAAACUCGUUUAGGACUUUUAUCAAACACUUCAUCUGCACCUUCAACACCUUCAUCUUCUUCCCCUUUUAGUUCCCUUUCAAACGCUAAUAAAUUCAAUCCAUUUCCUGAAUCUUCCCCUAGAAUCAUGAUUCCGAACAAUGGGUUUCAAUCUUCGCCGGUUUCUUCACCAUGGUCAGGUGGGUCACCGCCGGUUUUUUCAAGAAGUCCUCGACCCGUGUCGUAUGCUGCUGUUGUGAAUGGUUCUUGUUCUGGGUAUGAAGAUCAGUUGUUUGACCCAAUUAUGAGUCCCAGUGGAAGAAGUGAUACUAUGGGUUUUUGUGAGGAAAAUCAAGAAAAGCAGUUUCAUCGUAGGAGUUGUUCAGUGAAUGAUGUUUUUCUUGGUGGGUUUGAUGAAAAUGGUAAUAAUGGGUUUGGUUGGAGGCCUUGCAUGUAUUAUGCUAGAGGAUUUUGUAAGAAUGGAAAUAGUUGUAAGUUUAUGCAUGGUGGAUUUGGUGAUUCAACAGAUGAGUCUGUUGGUCAUGGUCACUCUGGUGGUGGUGGUGCUAUUAUUGGUUCUUCUCCUAGUAAUGUUGACUGUUUUGAUGAGCUUAUGCGUGUGAAAGCGUUACAGCAACAGAGAUUUGCUGCUUCUUCUUCUCAGUUUAUGCCUUCUGGAGGUCGUCAUCCUUUUGGUUACAACAGAUGCAUGAAUAUUUUCAGUGAUAAUCAAAGAUCGUCUGCAGCAGCAUUAAUGAUGAGUGAUGAGUUCCACAAACAUGGUCGAUCCUUACCCGACAGAAAUGAUUUUUCAGCAAUGGCAAUGGGUGGAAUUUCGAGUUCUUGUUUGAGACAAAUUUACUUAACAUUUCCUGCUGAUAGCACAUUUAAGGAGGAGGAUGUGUCUAAUUACUUUAGUAUGUACGGGCCAGUGCAAGAUGUUAGAAUUCCAUAUCAGCAGAAGCGGAUGUUUGGAUUUGUUACAUUCAUCUACCCGGAAACGGUGAAGCUUAUCUUGGCCAAAGGGAACCCUCAUUUUGUGUGUGAUUCUCGUGUGCUUGUUAAACCAUACAAAGAAAAGGGCAAAAUCCCAGACAAGAAGCAAUUCCAGCUACAGCAGCAGCCUAUUGAUAGAGAAGAGCUCUCAGCAUGUUUAAGCCCCUCAGGGCUCGAGUGUAGGGAGCUGUAUGACAUUCCCUUUGGAGCAAGGAUGUUCUAUAAUCCGCAUGAGAUGAUGUUGAGAAGAAAAAUAGAGCAGGAUGCUGAAUUGCAGCAAGCAAUUGAGUUUCAAGGCAGAAGGUUAAUGAAUUUGCAACUGAUGAAGAACCACUAUCACAAUAAUCACUUCCAUCCCGGUGUCGUCUCUCCAGGCGUUCCAUCUGCCUCCCAGAUGCAAAAUCAGUUUCAAAACAAUCAGGGUCUUGUUUGUUCGUCUAAUGGCAUCAACCAAGAAGCCCUAGCAGAAAAUAAUGGUGUCCAGGAACCCAUUAAAUCCGCAGCUAAUGCAAUUGAUGAGAAUCAGGAGAUGCCAUAUACAAAUAUAUUUAAAAAUGUUAGUUGCAGCAAGGAGCAGACCUCGAAUACUGAUGACUCUGAUCCUCAAGAAAGCAGCUUUGACCACAACCUUCCUGAUAACCUAUUUGCUUCUCCUACAAAAUCAGCUGCAGAACAACAUGUUGCAUUUUCAACUGAUUCAGCUGCAGCUGAUGUUCGUUCCGGAAUAACAACGCCUGCUACUACUACUACUACCAAUAUCCAUAUGCUUCCCACCACUUCUGCCUUCAACAUGGCUUCUCUAAAAUCAUGUUACUUCCAGGUUCCAAGGUUUACAUCUGGCCAAGAAGCCACAGAAACUUAAGUGUUCCAGUUGAUCAUCGUUAGCGAGAAAGGGGAUUAACUCGAAAGGUUGGUAGCAUUUAUACAAGUAGUAGAAGUCUUCUAGCUGUAUAGCCAAAACACAACAGAAGAAAAGAUCUGUAAGGAAGAUCUCCUCAAGAUUAUUGCCAUCAUCAAUACCAUACUACUUACAACAAAAUACAUAAUGCAUAGGUAAAUGACAGAUGAACUGAUUUAUGGGAAUGGGGUCCUUGUCUUGUUUACUUUUGUACCCUCUUUGUAGUUUGUGUGCUGGACCACACAGAAACAAUACCAUAACAAAGGCUAGUAAGAGUAGUAGUAACCCUUAGAUAUUCUAGUACUUUUUUCCUUUGCCUGUUUAAUCAUAACUUGCUGUCAUGUAAAAUUUUGAUGUAGAAAAAUGAAAAAUCUUUUAGAUUUGCCUUCCUUCUUAA